CACGGCCUCUCUUCCGCGCAGGCACGUCAACGCCUCGGCCCCACGUGCCCCCGUCCCCAUAUCCCAGUGACGCGCGGGGCCGGCGCCGUCCCGGAUCGAACGGGCCCCACGCGAGGGCAGUCCGGUCACUUCAGCCGGCGUGUCCCUUUCGAACUCAACUCCGCCACCAACUGCUCCCGCAGGUACUCUCUGUCUCUGGUUUAGCUGCUGCUGUCGCUGGUGGUGGUAGCCAGCGGAGCCCAACCACCUUGCCCUCCCGACCUCGAGGCCCUCGGCUCCUCCUCCUCCCCGCCCCGCGAGGAAGCUCCGGCGAGCGGUAUCCGGCCCUCGAUCGCAAUGCCGGAGGACAAGGAGUACGCGCCCGUGCCGCUCGGCCAGGCGGCGGCGGAGGCGGCGGCGGCGCCUGACCCCGAGGACCCCGUCAAGUCGCCGCCCCGGCCCAGCUCGCCAGCCACGUCCACACGCAAGGCAUGCUUUGCUGUUCUUCAAAGCUGGGUGUCAAGAAAAUUUAUGACCGGCUGUGUAGUUCUUUUCCCAAUUGCCGUCACAUUCUUCAUCACUUGGUGGUUCAUUCAAUUUGUUGAUGGUUUUUUCAGCCCACUCUAUGCAAAGCUUGGGUUUGACAUAUUUGGCCUUGGGUUCUUGACCUCCCUGGUGUUUAUACUUCUUGUUGGAAUAUUUGUGUCUUCUUGGGUGGGUUCUACUGUCUUCUGGGUUGGAGAAUGGUUUAUAAAGAAAAUGCCAUUUGUAAGGCACAUAUACUCUGCAUCAAAGCAAGUUAGCACUGCUGUUUCGCCAGAUCAAAAUACAACAGCAUUUAAAGAAGUAGCUAUUAUUAGCCAUCCCCGUGUUGGUGAAUAUGCAUUUGGAUUCAUAACAUCAACCAUGGUUCUUCAGACAGACAAAGGUGAUGAAGAACUCUGUAGUGUUUAUGUGCCAACCAAUCAUUUAUACAUUGGUGACAUCUUUUUGGUAAACUCUGCCGAAAUUAUAAGGCCCAAUUUGUCCAUUCGGGAAGGCAUAGAAAUAAUUGUUUCUGGAGGAAUGACUAUGCCACAGGUGAUCACGUCACUUGAACCAACACCUCGCAAGAGCCAGAACAUCCGUUUAGACAGAGUGAUGACUGUAUGAGGCAUGAAACUAGGUUGAAUUUGGAGGGGUGAGUGCCAACACAUGAUCGUUAUGGAUUAGAAGCUGGGGCACGGAGCAUUCAGAACUCAAAAGCGUGGCGCUGGCAGAUACAUGGCAAACUUAAAUCUGAUCGUCCUGCACCGUCUUGUGUUGUGCAGUUGUUUGUCCGGUGACACGAAAAUUGCAGCUUCGGUUGCAAAGCACCAGAUGCUCGUUAAGUGAUGCUCCAGCAGCGUGGCCUUUGCCUGUAAUGAUGAACACCACUCUGAUUCAAGUUGUAUCAACAAGUGUUCACUUUUGUAUAUACAAGUUUGCUACAUUAAAAGCUGCUAAAAUAAAAAAGUACACCAACUCUUGCACCCGGA